GUACUCUAUCCGUGGGUCUACCGCAAUCAGAAUAUGCAGGUCGGCAACUUUCACUAGUCUUUUUCAGUCACAGCACAUACCUAUUCCUGGUGUGUAGCUAGAAUAACACACAACCGUCACAAAAUGGUUUUAUGUUGCCAUGGAGUCCACUUUCUCUGAUGUUGUGCAAGAAUAUGUUUCAUCCACAGAGCAAAAGCUGGGAGAGGGGAUCUACUUCAGCGACAGCGUGCAUGGGGCAGAGAGGCUGUGGAAGGGCUCAGCUGACGAGGAGUACCUGUACUUCAUUGAGGCACAGGUGCUGACUGGCAAGUCAAUUGUUGGCUGUCCAGGUCUCAUCGUGCCUCCUCCCUUUGCCAGAGACCCGCUCACCCUGUAUGACAGUGUGAAAGGAGGCGGAGACACCUGGGUCAUCUUCAAUGGUCACCAGGCUCUACCUGAAUAUCUGAUCACCUGCAAAAAGCCUACAUACGUAAAACCUCACGGUAAGACAUUCUACGUGACGUUCUACUUGACAUUCCACAUGACGUUCCACUUGACGUUCCACUUGACGUUCCACAUGACGUUCCACAUGACGUUCCACAUGACGUUCCACUUGACGUUCCACUUGACGUUCUACACGACGUUCUACACAACGUUCUACACGACGUUCUACACGACGUUCUACUUGACAUUCUACAUGACAUUCUAUAGAAUACCCUAUUACUUCAUUAAAACAGUGUGUUGUGUCCCAUAUGCAUUGUUCAACUGGGGUAAAGCUAAAAAGCCACAAAAGAAUGAGGACAUUGUCAUCAAGGGCCGGGAAGUGGAUCCGACUGUCUUCCACAUUUCUUCCAAAGUGGAUCGUUGGAUCAAGGACCUGAACCUAAAGGAACCAGAGAGCAGCAGCAUCCCACACGACGCUGUCUACCUGAACCUAAAGGAACCAGAGAGCAGCAGCAUCCCACACGACGCUGUCUACCUGUCCGAAUCCAACCGCCACCGCAUCCAUGCCAUGAGAAUCCAGGAAACGCUGAGGAAGGCCAGGGACAAAGAGUCCUUCAACUGGAACAUUAAAGUGCCUAGCAACAUAGUGGAUUGGCAGCAGCAGCCACGGGGGCAGUACCAGAGAUUCCACCCCAUCCAUAACUUCCAUCUGCAGCAGGCGCUGGAGAGGAAGCAGCCCCGUGUGGAGGUCUCUGUCCGGGGGAAAAUGUGCAAGUUCACCCUGCCUGACAGGGCUGCUAACAAGACAAGUGGAAACAUCCUCAAAAGCAGACAAAUCGACAAGUUAGCAGCUCAACCUAUUGAGAGUCUCCCUCAGCAUUGGGAUGCCAUGCCAGCCAACACGUCCUGCCUGUCCUGCCUCAUCCAGCCAGGAAGCCCAGAGCACAAUAAAGUUUUAAACCUGUUCCGAGCCACCUGCCCCAACAAAGUUAUAAAGAUUGAGAGGAUCCAGAACCCAACCCUGUGGAGGAGUCUCCAGAUCAAGAAACAUGACAUGGAGCUCAGGAACGGUCACCAGAAGAAUGAGAAGAGGCUCUUCCAUGGAACAUGCCACACAACCAUCAAUCACAUCAACAACCAUGGCUUCAAUCGGAGCUUUGCUGGGAAAAAUGCUACAGCAUUUGGAAACGGCACCUACUUUGCUGUUGGUGCCAGCUACUCUGCCAGUAGCACAUACUCAAGAGCGGAUCUCCAAGGGCAGAAGAAUAUGUACCUAUGUCGAGUUCUGACUGGAGAUUUCACAGCAGGACGACGUGGGAUGACAGUGCCUCCAGCUAAAAGCACCACGACUGUUGAACUCUUCAACAGCGUGACAGACCACCCAUCAAGGCCAUCUAUGUUUGUUGUUUUCCAUGACAAUCAGGCAUAUCCUGAGUACUUGAUCACUUUCUUCUAGACCCUGCGGAGAAAAGCAAAGAAAUCAAUGCUCUUACUAAACUUUCAAAAGUCUUCCUUAUGAUUAUGACUAUGUCCCUUAUAAACUGUUAUACACAACUUUUAUUGAAGAAAUGAAAAUGACUGAUGUCACUUCUGCAUGGAAAAGUGUAACCAUUACAGGUUAUAAUGUAACCCGGUUCAAUCUAACCCUAGCCUGAACCACAACCACAACCACAAC